AUGGUGUGCCUGCUGACGGACGACGUCGACGGCACCUACGCAAAGGCGCUGGCGGGCGGGCGGUGCUCGGCGGAGCAGCCGCCGCGAGCGACGGAGCGGUUCGGCAUCUACAACGCUCUGCUGCGCGACCCGGACGGGUACCUCGUCGAGCUGCAGCGCUUUACCGACGCGGCGGAGCAGCGAGAGUUUUGUGGCGGGUCGGCAGCGUCGGAGGCGGCGUCGGAUCAGGCGGCGGCGGCGGCGGAGGCGGCGGCGGCGGCGGCGGCGGAGGCGGCGGCGGCGGCGGUGGAGGAGUCGGCGGUGGCGACGGCAGAGGUGGCGAAGGCUCCGCUCGUCGUCGCCGUCGGGAGCAAGAACCCUGUCAAAGUCAACGCGGUGCGCGCCGGCUUUGCCGCCGCCUUCCCGCUGACAGCGCUCGAGGUGGUUGCGUACGACAUCCCGAGCGGCGUGUCCGACCAGCCGUGGGGCGAGGCGGAGACGCGGCAGGGGGCUCUCAACCGGGCGGAGAACUGCCUCGGCGCGCACUGCCUCGGCCACGGCGGUGCGAUGCCCGACUUCGCCGUCGGAGUCGAGGGCGGCGUGGCGGAGUGCAGCCUCGCCUCCCUCCACCCAGGCACGCCCGGCCUCGACUCCUGCACCGAGUGCUUCGCCUUCCUCGCCGUGAUGCGCUCGCCGGCGAGCGAGGCGGGCGUCGCGUGGGGCGUGGCGCGCACCGGGUCCUUCGCGCUGCCUCCGCGCCUCGCCGCCCUCGUCAAGUCCGGCGUCGAGCUCGGCGACGCCGACGACAGAGUCUUUGGCGACAGCGGGAGCAAGCGCAAGGGCGGCACGGUCGGCAAGCUCACGCGCGGCCUGGUGGACCGUACCGCGUACUAUGAGCAUGCGAUGCACCUCGCGCUGGCGCCGUUUGUGCACGGAGAGGAGUUCCCAGGGCUGUACGACGCGGGGGAGUGA